GAAAAGCUCCGAAGGGUUGAGCUUGCGCAUUAGUCUCCGGGCGACUCGAGGGCGCGAGCGAAAAGCGAAAGGAGCGAGAGAGGAAAAAAGGCGAAUGUAAGUCUCGUCGAGAACUUCGACGAAGUACACGGCUAUGAAUGAAGACCAAACCUUGUCACUUGGAGAUCGUAGCGGUGCUACUUCUGUCUGUCAUUCCCUGGCCAGGACCGACCGUCUUUAAAAUAUCAUGCCCCCGAGAUCGUGCCUCAGUCGUACGGAAAAUCGUCCAGAAGAGAUGGCUACCAAUACUGAAAAAGUAUCAGGUCGAGCUGCCCCUCGAGUGCCCCUUCCACGAGAGCCGGGACAUAUUUCAUCCGCAGCAAGCGGCCAAAUUUCAACACAGAACGUCACAGUGGACAUGCGGUCUUUGCGGCAAAUCGUUUUACGCGGAGAAACAUUUAGAUGCCCAUUUCGAUAGCAGGCAUCGGAGCAACAUUAAUAUGGCCGAAGAUGCGGUCUGUUUAGCGAAUUAUUGCGACAUAAUGAGAUGCGACGUUCUGGGUGGUGUCGAGCUCGACAGUUCGUUGAUCGACGAUCCAACGGGUUCGCUGAACACGGACAUUCAGGUAUGGCGGGAGAGCAACACGGCAGGGAAUGGCCGUCGGACGAAAUACGGUGCCGGUGGAGCUGCCGGAAGCUCGUGCGAGUGUCGGGACGUCGCGAGGGUUCAUAAAAUGAGCGAGAAAUCGGAAAUCAUACCGGCAAUAACGAGGUACUCGAGCAAGCAGCGCCAUUGCAAGCGAGUCCCGAGCCCCGGGAGCCCCGAGGUCGCCGGCUCGCCGAGCAAGAGCUCCGGGGACUCCGGCACCCUGACCUCCUCGUCCUCGACCUCAACCUCCUCAUCCUCUUCUUCGCCCAACCCCCAAACCUCGACCCCGUCCUCCUCGACCUCGAGCUCAUCCCGCAGGGACAAUAAUCCACCCGAAAAUGAUAACUCCGCCUGUGAUAAUAUCGAGGCUCACGACGACGACGACCUCGAUGAUAUUUACCUCGACGAAUACGACGACCCCACCAAUCUCGUCGAAUCCUCCUUACCCGCUGCUCUUGACAAACGCGAACGCGGCAAGGAAUUCGAAAUUCGGAAACUCAAGUCCAACUGCAAACCCGAGGAACUCGAGAAACUCAAGCUACAGUGUCAAAUUCUCGUCCGCGACUGCAUCGCAGGACUUCUUGCCAAUCUCUCCGUCAAGGAUUUUCAGGAGAUAGAAGGGGAACUCAAUCGGGCCAUCUGUUGGUACUUGAGCUGCGACAAAUAUUGGGAAGAUUCGAGGAGACAGCCCCGGCACACCCCCUGGUAUUUACUCAUCACUUUUCUUCUCGUAUUGUCCACCGGAAUUUCCGCCUGUUAUUACGUCAUUUCCAUUAUUCUUGGGUCCGGAGACGACAGUGGUAUCGACAGCAACGAGGAGAACCAAGAUUCAAACGACGGGCACCCGGGUGAGCGUGGUUCGUUGCACGAUCCUGGAGGAAUGCCGAGGCACGAGGAGCAUCGUCGGAGAAUUGAGAUUGGUGACGAGAGACUUCAGGUUGCGGCGACGGGGGACAUGCCCGACCACUAUAUUUACGUGACUUAUCCGCCAGAACUCAAGCGUCGUUUGCUCGAAAGUUGCUACAACAGGACUACAAGAUUGUAAAUGGAUCGGGGGCUUUCCUGAGGUCCUCAGGGGAAGCACCGGAGACGAAGGCGAACACGAGGAAAUGGUGGGGCGACGUUGAAAGAGAAAAAACCGAAAAUCCUGAAGCAAUGCUCACACGAACCAUUUCGCACAGAAUAAAUGUCACAAAUUCGUCGGACCAUAGGGAAGAAACGGA